AUCACGUGGUACAGUGGAUAUAUUCAGCUACUUCACACACGCGCUGCUAGUUAUAUACACCAGGCUCAGGUGAACUAAAAGUACUACUUAUUGGAUAUUUUAAACCCCAAACCAUGUAAAUCUAACCGAUAGAGUUCCUUUAAAGCUUUCAAUCCUGUAUCAUCAUGGCUAGUCCAUUGACAGCCGAAUCCGGGGCUGUGGGGCCUGGUGAAGAUCAUCCAGAGUCUGGAACAGAGGCCCGGGCGCCUGUACGAGCGCAGCCGCCUCAGCAGCAGCUUCAGGUGGCGUGUGCUGGCGCUGGUGCCGCUGUGAUGGUGGAGGCGCUGGAUGAUGCUGAAGGGUUGUAUGUAGCGGUGGAGAGAUGUCCGCUCUGUAACACAGCCCGACGCAGACUCACCUGCGCCCGAUGCAUCCAAAAUGGAGAUUUUGUGUAUUUUGACGGGAGAACCCCGGAGAGGUACUCAGAAAAACUUGAAAGACUACAGAAGCUGAAAAAUGAAAAGGAGGAUCUACAACAGAGAGUCAUUAAAGCCAUGGACAAGAAAGUUCAGGCUGAUCAGCUUAGGUGGAAAAUCAUGUCAUGCAAGAUGAAGAUCCAGCAACUCAAAGAAGCCAUCUGUACUGGCAAUGAAGAAGUGAAGAGUGGCAGGGAGGUACUGAUACGCUCACAAGAGGAGGGCCAGAGACUUCAGCGUCGGGCCUGUCGGCAUCAGGAGAAGAGAGAUAAAAUUAAGCGUCACAAUCAACGUCUUGGUGAGCUUCUGGAAAAGAGAUCCAAAGAGUUUCAGGGAAAGCUGGAGGCGCUGGCCGAAGUACGGAGAGAGCACAUCCUGGAGCUCACCACCCAUAUCUUUCACAUACAGGAGGAGAAGCAAGGCAGCAGGGACCCUGCCGAUCCAGUUGUGGCUGAAUAUGAUCUCGCUUUGACCUCUAGCACCGUUAGUGAACUCGCCGAGGCGAGACGAACUACGUAUCACUCGGGCCGCUGGAUCUGGGAUGAUCAGAACGGAGAGACGAGCAUCAGCAUCACUGGGCCAGAUGUCACGCUUCCUAGUAAUGGCGACUGUUCAGCUUAUUACAACUGGGUGGAGGAGAAGAGUGGAAACCAGGGGCCAGAGUUGGAUCACAUGAACCCAGCCCACACCAUCAGUGCCGCUCUCUGCUAUGCCACACAGCUCGUCAACAUCUUGUCUCAUAUUCUGGAUGUCAACCUUCCGAAAAAGUUGUGCAACAGCGAGUUCUGUGGCGAUAAUCUGACCCGAUACCGAUUCACCCGUGCCGUAAACAAAAUCAACACCAACAUCCUGCACCUUUGCUUCUCGCAGCAUGUCGAAGGCGAGCUUCAUCCUCACCAUACUUUGAGGAACAUCAUGUUUUUAGUGUCACCAGCAAACAAGAACCUCGGCAGAACUGGGCCUUUUGAAGUGAGCGCAGGCUUAGAGGAAUCUAUGGAGUUUGUGGAACCAGAGGCAGCCGGACCUGCGGAGGAGAGCGGAGACGAGGCAGUGACGGAUGAAGAAACGGACUUGGGCACAGACUGGGAGACAGUUCCCAGCCCUCGCUUCUGUGACAUCCCGUCUCAGCCUAUGGAUCUUUCCCAAAGUGGAAUGCAGGCGUCUCAGCCGGUGGGCAACGCUGGUGGUAUGAUCUCAUCUGCAGCUGCUUCCGUCACGUCCUGGUUCCGUGCCUACACGGGGCAGCGCUGAGACCAGGUGGAAAUGGUAUAACCCCACUAGUUGCACCCUUCUCAUUGGUUAACUUGCAUAUGCAGACAAAGGGAAGUUUUUGGUCGUCUGACUCCUCAUAAUAAAUAAAUGUUAGAAACCAGAGGGAAGCAUGUGAUCUUGAGAAACAACUAAGACGACUGGCACUGUGGUCUUUUACACAAGUAGCUUACAAUACUGUGGACAUCACGCAACCUUCACCCAGUGUACAUUGCCAAAUAUCCUUUUUGUUUUUUCAUUCAAACUGUACAAAGCAUUUUUGGACAGACUUGAAUAUGUGCCGUCAAUAGUUCAACUGAUGGAUUGCAAGUUCUCACGAAAGACAAAACUGUUCACCAGCUUUUCAAAGAAUAUUACUGUAUAAAUGUUGCUGAACUAAAAGAGUGAAAUUAU